AUGGGAGGGAUUAGGUUUACUGCAGUUAAAUCGUUUUUUGCCAGUGUUGUGAUACUUAGUAGUCUUGUGUUCGCAGAUUAUGCUCAAGUAACUAAUGGCAAGGGCAUUAAGGGUUUUGUACCUGAUGCUCCGAAAGGUUCUAUGAAGGCAGGCAGCCCAGGUAGCAAUGAAAGUGCUAUUGUUUCUAAUCUCAGGGAUAUAAUGGGGAGAAUCAGAGUUAUGGACGAUGGGUCUGUGCAGCACGUCAACUUCCAGCAGGGUGUUGUGUGUGCACCAGACGGGUCGAAGACAGUCUUGGAGAUCUUCCUCACCAGGUGCAGCACAGCGGGCAGCGACCCCCUCUUUGGGACAAUAUCCGGCGGAGAGGUUGUGUACAAGUCUGCAAGCGAGACCCUGAGAGAUGUCAAGGGCAUUGCAAGCUUCCUCAGCAAGAUGACAGAGCCAAAGGACAUUGUCGGAAUCUACUCUGUGAACAGGUACGAGUGGAUUGUUGCGGAGAUGGCGUCGUACAUGUGCGGGUGCACGAAUGUCCCGCUGUACUCGACGUUUUCGCCCGAGAAUGUGCAGCUGAUUCUUGAGGAGACUGAGAUGAAGGUGUGUAUUGCGUCUGCGGACAAGGCCAAGCUGCUGCUUGAGAGUGUUCUUGAGAGCAGGGGGAAGCUUUCGUGUGUGAUUCUGAUGGACCGUGACGAGAAUGUCAAGGAGAUGCUUGAGAAUGUCGGUGUCCGGGUGGAGUACUUUUGGGAUGUUGUGUCUACUGACGUGGAUGUGGACGGCACCCGGUAUCCAAGCGGGGACGACCUUGCGACGAUAUGCUACACGAGCGGGACGUCUGGGAAGCCGAAGGGAGUGAUGCUGACGCACAAGAACUUUAUUUCUGGUGUUGCAGGGAUAUUCCGCGGAUCCAACGAGGGGGAGAUGGUGCGUCUUUCGCGGGACGAUGUGUACCUGUCGUACCUGCCUCUGGCACAUGUGAUGGAGAGGAUAUGCAUCAACAUUUCGAUGGCGUAUGGAUGCAAGAUAGUGUUCUACCGGGGGAAUCCUCGGGAGAUCAAGGAGGACUACCUUGUUGCGAAGCCGACGUUUAUUAUUUCUGUUCCGCGUGUGCUGAACCUAUUUAAGGAGAAGAUUGAGGAGAAUGUGCGGCAGAAGAACAUUUUUGUGCGGGGGGUUUUCCGUGCGGCGCUCUGGUACAAGAUGUGGGGUGUAGCUGUGAAGGGGGAGCUGAAGAACCGGUUCCUUGACUGGCUUGUGUUCAACCGGAUAUCGAGGGAGUUUGGGGGGAGGAUUGAGAAGAUUCUGUGUGGGUCUGCGCCUCUGAAGAAGGAUGUCCUGGUGUACAUGCAGGCUGUGCUUUCGUGCAGGAUUUUCCAAGGGUAUGGGCAGACUGAGAAUGUUGGUGCGGGGAUUGUGCAGCCUCUCGACAACCAGGUGUACGACAAUGUUGGGAUUCCGUUUCCGUCGAACGAGGUGAAGCUUGGGGAGAUAAGCGACGAGCUGAGGUCUGAGUAUGUGCGGCGGUAUCCGUCGUGCAGGGUUGGGGAGAUUCUGCUUCGGGGCGACAAUGUGACGCAGGGGUACUUCAAGAGGCCUGAGGAGACGCGCGAGCUGUUUACUUCUGACGGAUGGCUCCGGACUGGGGACAUUGGGAUGUUUGACACGAGGACUGGGAUGUUUUCUGUGAUUGGGCGUGUGAAGGACGGGUUCAAGACGUCUCAGGGGGAGUACAUUGACCCCGAGAAGCUUGAGGUGCUUUACAGCGACGGCGAGGUUGUGCAGGACAUGUGCAUUCCGCGGAGGUCUGACAGUGACAAGAUUGUUGCGAUUGCUGUGUGUCCUGGGACGCAGAAGAGCGACAAGGAGAUUUUCCAGCAUGUUCUUUCAACUGGGGAGAGGCUGUUUAAGCAGAAGAAGAUAACGAAGCUUGAGAUUCCGUGGCGUGUUAUUGUUGUGCGGCAGGGGCUUGAGGCCCUCUGUUCUGGGGAGUUUGUUACGCCGACCGGGAAGAAGAGGAGGCCUGUUAUUGAGAAGUUCUUUGAGAAAGAGAUUAACAAGGCACUUGGAAUUAAAUGA